CUCCAUCAGUUCCAUAAUGAUAAGAAUGUAGAAUUUUUGAAAAUUUUUGGUAUGCCAAAGCACGCACAUGGUAUAAUCAUACCGAUCAAAUUCAUAUACGGUACAGUUUUCUCGCUUUUUUUCCUUUUCAUCAACGUUAUUCGAGAUCUGAGUAAUAAUUCUGGAAGCCGCUGUCGUGUUACUAGUACUAUUGCAGAUCGGUGCAGUUUGCCAUCGUGGACAAUGUGGAAAACCUGCAAUCGACUGCUGCACGGCCACUGGCGACACUCUAACUCCGUUGAGUCGGUCAUGCGCUCCAAGCUGUUCUCGCAGUGCUCCUGGAUUCAUUCAAGUGUCUCCCGCAGUUUUGGAAAUCCCAUGAAUUUAGGACGCUCUCUAGAUGGGGCGGGAAACAGGCUGUUGUUGACCCACCCCGGCGCCAUCUCACUCGUGCCUUGUCGACCGUUUGUGCACUGCGACGCGGUGGACGGUGAGAAGCAGACCGACCAGGAAAUCCCCAAGCGCUAUUUCCGCCUUCAUUGGGGUGGUUGGCUGCGCCGCUUCCCGGCCGCCCAUAAAGCCAUGUGGAAGAUGAACGCCCAGGGUCGCUACAAUAAGGACAUGCAUUAUUUCGUUACGAAAAGAAACUCACAAAAGUUUGACCGGAUGGUCCGGCGGGAAUAUCGAAUGCCUUAUUAUUUCAUUGAUGAUCCUUAUGAACCGUACCAUACGCGGACGGAAGCCCGGGCGUAUUACCGAUCGGCUACGGAAGAGGUCCACGACAAACUUACGUAUCCAGAAUUGAGCGCGGAAUCGCUUGCCAAACGGGCAAAAAUGAUGACAAAUCAAAACCAACCAAAGCCUGUCUGAUUUGAUGGUUCUUGUGUGUAGAUACUAAAUAGGUUCAGUUCGAAUUUGUGUUGUUUCUGCUUUAUGGUCCUGUUUUAUUUUAGAAACGAAUCCGCAUCGCAUUUUGUUAUAAACUGGAGUGAGUAUACUA